GGCCUCGAGUGAGGAGGCGGGGUUCGUGCCCCCGAGGCUGCAGCUGCUGGGUGUCGGGCGUGUGGGGCGUCAGGUCAAGGCGGCUCCUUGGCUGCUGCGGCCUCCGAGGAGCUGCCCUGUCUUGGAGAACUGCAGGCAGGAGGCCGCGCUUCUCGAGGGCCGAGCCUGUAUCCAUAACCAUUCCUAGGUCAGUACUGGAUUCACGGGAGCCUCCUCGGAAGAAGAAUCACGUCUUCCUUGCAAGGAACCGAGAGGAUUCAAGUAAGCUGACCACACAGUGUCUGGCACGUGCUCAGUACUGACCACAUGGGCACUGCUCCAUUUUUCCCCGAUCUGUGUCCUCCAGAAACAAUGGGUGUCGCUAGAUCCAGUGGGAACUGUGCCAGGCUCCAGUGCUCUGUGUGAGCAAGGGUCCCCUUCCAGCCUGCUCUCCCUGUCUGUCAUGGCCACACCUGGCUGCUGCCCGCUUGCCUGGGGACAUAGGACACCCAGCCCCAGCCCUGAGGGCUCAAGCCCAGUCCUCUGGCUCUGUCCCUUGGGGGGGCCUCAGGCACCAGGUGCCUCUCAGAGCCAGAGAGACUGAUGCCGCGGGACCAGCCCCAGCCCAGCUGUCACCCGCCUGGCACCGCCUGUCCAGAGAGCUGUGCUCUGGGGCUCCCUGGAGCUGCCAACUCCGUGAACUCCUCCCCUGUCCCCCAACACCGAGAAGGCCCUGCCUGCCCCCACCAUGUGUGAGGUGAUGCCCACAAUCAAGGAGGGGGACGCCCCGGGCCCCCCCCAUGGCACGGGCGCUGACGCCAACUUCGAGCAGCUGAUGGUGAACAUGCUGGACGAGCGGGAGAAGUUGCUGGAGUCCCUACGUGAGAGUCAGGAGGCCUUGGCGGCCACGCAGAGCCGGCUCCAGGAUGCCCUCCACGAGAGGGACCAGCUCCAGCGUCACCUGAACUCCGCGCUCCCUCAGGAAUUUGCCACCUUAACCCGAGAGCUGAGCAUGUGUCGGGAGCAGCUCCUAGAGCGGGAGGAAGAAAUAUCAGAGCUGACAGCAGAGCGGAAUAACACGAGGCUGCUUCUCGAGCAUCUGGAAUGCCUGGUGUCCCGCCAUGAGCGGUCCCUAAGGAUGACCGUGGUGAAGCGCCAGGCCCAGUCGCCUUCCGGGGUCUCCAGUGAGGUGGAGGUGCUGAAAGCCCUCAAGUCGCUGUUUGAGCACCACAAGGCCCUGGAUGAGAAGGUGCGAGAGCGGCUCCGGGCCGCCCUGGAGCGAGUCACCACACUGGAGGAGCAGCUGGCAGGUGCCCACCAGCAGGUUGUCUUGUCUGUGACUCACUGCCCCGGGGACUGUGCCCUGCAGCAGGGGGCAGGGGUUCAGGACGGAGUGGCAGGAGACGAGGGGACUGUGCAGCUGGGACCGAAACGCCUGUGGAAGGAUGACGUGGGCCGGGUGCAGGAGCUGCAGGAGCUGCUGGAGAAGCAGAGCUUUGAGUUGAGCCAGGCCCGGGAGCGACUGGUCACCCUGACUGCAGCCGUCGCUGAACUGGAGGAAGACUUGGGCACUGCCCGCCGGGACCUCAUCAAGUCGGAGGAGCUGAGCAGCAGGCGUCAGCGGGACCUGCGGGAGGCUCUGGCCCAGAAGGAGGACAUGGAGGAGCGGAUCACCACACUGGAGAAGCGCUACCUGGCGGCUCAGCGGGAGGCCACAUCCAUCCAUGACCUCAAUGACAAACUGGAGAAUGAGCUGGCCAAUAAGGAGUCCUUGCACCACCAGUGUGAGGAGAAGGCACGACACCUACAGGAGCUGCUGGAGGUGGCAGAGCAGAAGCUGCAGCAGACGAUGCGCAAGGCGGAGACGCUGCCCGAGGUGGAGGCCGAGCUGGCCCAGAGGGUUGCAGCCCUCACCAAGGCUGCAGAACGGCACGGCAGCUUUGAGGAGCAUGUCCGGCAGCUGGAGGGCCAGCUGGAGGAGAAGAAGCAGGAGCUGGCCCGGGUGCGCCAGCGGGAGAAGAUGAACGAGGACCACAACAAGCGGCUGUCAGACACGGUGGACCGGCUGCUUACUGAGUCCAACGAGCGCCUGCAGCUGCACCUCAAGGAGCGCAUGGCCGCCCUGGAAGAGAAGAACACCUUGAUGCAGGAGCUGGAGAGCUCCCAGCGGCAGAUCGACGAACAGCAACACCACAAGGGCCGCCUGUCUGAAGAGAUUGAGAAGCUGCGCCAAGAGGUGGACCAGCUGAAGGGUCGAGGGGGGCCAUCUGUAGACGGCGUCCACUCCAGGUCACGCCCGGGCAGUGCGGUGGACAUGCGGUUCUCCCUGAGCACAACCAGCCACGUGCCCCCAGGCCUGCAUCGCCACUACUCGGCCCUGCGGCGGGAGCCUGCCAAGGACUGGGAGCUGUCUCCACGGCCUGGGGUGCUGGCCCCCACGGCCACCCCUGCCUUUGACAGUGACCCUGAGAUCUCCGACGUGGAUGAGGCUGAGCCCGGGGGUCUGCUGGGCUCCGUGGACAUGGCCUCCCCCAGCAGCCACUCUGACGCCCAGACCCUGGCUUUGAUGCUGCAGGAGCAACUGGAUGCCAUCAACGAGGAGAUCAGGGUGAUCCAGGAGGAGAAGGAGUGCACAGAGCUGCGGGCCGAGGAGAUCCAGACGCGCGUGACCAGCGGCAGCUCGGAGGCCCUCGACCUGAUCCAGCUGCACAAGCACGGCCCUAUCCCCUCCUCUCUGACCGCCCUGUCCCUGGCCAGCGUGUCCCCUGCACUCAGCGGCCGCUCCGCCCCUAAGCUUACCUCCCACAGCGCUGCCCAGGACCUGGACCGAAUGGGGGUCAUGACCCUGCCCAGUGACUUAAGAAAGCACAGGAGGAAGCUGCUGUCGCCAGUGUCUCGGGAAGAGAACCGAGAGGAUAAAGCCACCAUAAAAUGUGAGACUUCUCCUCCUUCCUCACCCAGGACGCUGCGGCUAGAGAAGCUCGGCCACGCAGCCCGGAGCCAGGAAGAAGGCAAGAGGCCGGUGGAGGACCAGGGUAGCAACCCGAGCAGCAGCAGCAGCAGCCAGGACUCCUUACACAGGGGCGCCAAGCGCAAAGGCAUCAAGUCGUCCAUUGGCCGCCUGUUCGGGAAGAAGGACAAGGGCCGGCCGGUCCAGCUGAGCCAGGACGGAGCCUCGGGCCACGUUCUGCUGACAGACUCUGAACUCAGUGUGCAGGAGCCCAUGGUGCCUGCCAAACUGGGGACCCAGGCAGAGAAGGACCGGAGGCUGAAGAAGAAACACCAGCUACUUGAAGACGCGCGCAGAAAAGGAACACCCUUUGCCCAAUGGGACGGCCCCACUGUGGUCUCCUGGCUGGAGCUCUGGGUGGGAAUGCCGGCCUGGUACGUGGCUGCCUGCCGGGCCAACGUCAAGAGCGGUGCCAUCAUGUCAGCUCUGUCGGACACGGAGAUCCAGCGGGAGAUCGGGGUCAGCAAUGCCCUGCACCGGCUCAAGCUGCGGCUGGCCAUCCGGGAGAUGGUGUCGCUGACCAGCCCCUCCGCCCCGCCCACCUCCAGGACCUCUUCCGGGAACGUCUGGGUCACCCACGAAGAGAUGGAGACGCUGGCAACAUCCACUGAAACAGAUGGUGAGGAGGGCAGCUGGGCUCAGACCCUGGCCUACGGGGACAUGAACCACGAGUGGAUCGGGAAUGAGUGGCUGCCCAGCCUGGGGCUGCCCCAGUACCGCACACACUUCAUGGAGUGCCUUGUGGACGCACGCAUGCUGGACCACCUCAGCAAGAAGGACCUGCGUGUCCACCUGAAGAUGGUGGACAGCUUCCACCGAACCAGCCUUCAGUGUGGCAUCAUGUGUCUGAAAAGGCUGAACUAUGACCGGCAGGAGCUGGAGAAGAGGCGGGAGGAAAGCCAGCAUGAGAUCAAGGAUGUGCUGGUCUGGACCAAUGAGCAGGUGGUUCACUGGGUCCAGUCCAUCGGGCUGCGUGACUACGCGGGUCACCUGCGUGAAAGCGGCGUGCACGGCGCCCUCCUAGCCCUGGAUGAGAAUUUCGACCACAGCUCGCUGGCCCUGCUGCUGCAGAUCCCCACACAGAACACCCAGGCGCGCCAGCUGAUGGAGAGAGAGUUCAACAACCUGCUGGCCUUGGGCACAGACCGGAAGCUGGAUGACGGGGAGGAAAAGGUGUUCCGCCGCGCGCCCUCCUGGAGGAAGCGCUUCCGGCCGCGGGAGCUCCCCGGCGGCGUGCUCGGCGUGUCCACGCAGGGGCCCCUGCAGCCUCCACCAGCGCCGCCAAAGAAGGUCGCGCCUGAAGCUCAUUCUCAUUAUCUCUACGGACACAUGCUCUCCGCCUUCCGGGACUAGCGGGCCCUGACCCCUCCUGCUCGGCCCUGGAUCUCAGAGUCCACUCGUCCACCCCUCGAUCGCAUCCUCUCGCAUCGCACCCCCCUCGCAACCCCCGCGUGUCCUUUGUAAGUCUCGUGGAUGUGGCUGGGUGUUCUGGUGGUGUGCAGAUUCGGGAGGACCACAGCCCCUUCCCCCCCUUAGGGGGCGGACCGAGGGGGGCGGCCACCUGCCCUCUCCUGGACCUGGCCGGUCUGUACUACGACCUGCACUGGAGACCAGGACACUGUGCCACGGGCUGGGGACGGCCCUUCCAAGGAAAGGACACUCAGACUCCCCCUUGUUUGAGCUGUUUGGCCUCCAGUUCCUGUCGGUUCCCUGGCGGUGCCACAUGGCCUGCCAUCUGGUUUGGGCACGCUCAGCGUUGUUUUCCCAAAGUCAUCUCCAGGAGGCCGGUUCUCCCUCAGGGUGGUGAGGCUGCGGAUGGGGAAAGCUAAGCUGAACUCCAGAUGUGAGUGAGAAGAGCCUGAGGGAAAUCGGCUCCUGAGCUGUGGGCCAGGGUGGGCACGGGAAGCUGUCCGCUUUCCCACUCAGUGAGGAGGGCAGGCAGGCCCCCUGGAGGCUGAGCCGGUGGCCUGUGGUCCACUAAGCCCAAAGGGCUGUGGCUCUGCCUCCUGCCCCAGCCAUGGGCUGGAGCUGCCGUGGGCUGGGGACAGGGAUUGUGGGGCGGUUAGCUUGGGGACAGAACUGCCAACCCCUUCCCUUGUGGUUCCCGGCACCCCUUCCCUUGUGGUUGGCUGUGCCGGUUGUGUUCUGAUCCCAGCCCUAUAACACACACCUGAUGGCUGGGUCAAAUCUACACUAACCUUAGAGUCAGGUCUGGGGAAAAGGUAGACUGAGGCCCCUUGCCCUGACCUGGGAAGAAAGUGAAGCUUCCCCUUCGGUGAGUCAGGCCCCAGGUCCAGGUUACUGAAUGUUAGUGAAGGCUGUCACUCUCCUGCUCGUCCCCAAACCACCCACCCAUUGCUCAGGGCUCUCUUGGUGUGCAGGGACUGCGUCCUCCAGAAGAUUCUGAGAUCUGCCGCUACUAUGUCAACUGCUGUUGCCACCGUGCAGCAUGGUGGCAACUGAGGCUGAGGGAUGCAGGUCCUGGCUUGUUAGAAAUGUCAUCCCCAAGAAAUCCCUCUUCCUCACCCAUAUCCUCAACCUGCCAAGGUGCCUGCAGGUGUUUGGGACCCAAGUUCAGGGUGAGUGGAUGGAACCCAGGGUUCAUCCAAGUGAGAGGAGAGGAGAAUGUCUGUAGCAUGUUUCGGGAGAGGGGCCUGUGUGGUGCCAUCCUGCAGGUGGCUGAGCAGCUGGUUUGUAACCUAAUCAAUUCGGGUUCUGAGCAGGGCUGCACUAGCAGGUGGGAUGAGGGGUCAGAGCACCCGGUCCAGGAGUAGUGGAGCCUGAGGCAGUGCCAGGUCUCAGAACCUUUGGCUACUUUUCAGGAGAGGAGAGCCCCAUCGUGGUGGGGCUGGCUGGGCCCUCGGGCGUGGGCAAAGCAGCCACCUUUCCUGCUGUCCCUCGUCCCCUGACCUCCCUGUUCAUCAGGCCUCUGCAAAGGGAGCUGGAGGUCUUGAGCAGCAAAUGAGUUGGUGGAGAGAAAAGGCCCCACCCCUGGGUGAUAGUAAGAUUAAGGAGACACCCCAAAUUCCUAUGAUUGUGGAGUUGGGGACCCCAAGGCCAUCUGACUCAGGGGACCCAGUGGGCUAGCCUGUCUUCUAUACCUUAACCCUACGUGGUGGCCAUGUCAUAGGCAGCAGCUGGUGGGACCCGGCUCCCUUCAGGGUCUCUUUGAAGUGCCGUGUGGAGCUGAUGGGGCAGAGAACCCCAGCGGGAAGGCGCUUGUCUAGGGGCACCUGUUGUCUGACAGUCAGUGUACUUUGGGAGUGACCUGCGCCCCCUCACCAGCCUCCUGUACUUGCCAGGUCCCUUCUUAGUACUGUACUGUGCAUCAGGAAUGGGUGUGUGUGCGUGUGUGCGUGUGUACGUACCAAUAAACAACCCGGUUUUAAGACAAUUUACAAAUGGCUCUGCUCGUCUUAAACUUGGAGCUCGCCUGACAUGCCAGCUUCCUGCCCAGUCCUAAGGGCCAGUGGGCUCUAGGAGUAAAUACAGGGUUUUAAAAACU